GAAGAAGAAGAAGAAGAGAGAGGCGAAGAAGAGUGUCGAGCAGCCAAUCAUCCGUCGUCUUGUUCUCAACCCGGUAGAAACAAAAGCAGCCGAAGCGAGAAGAAAAACACCAUUUAUCCUGAACUUUACCUUGAAGUUUUACUCUGAUUGUCAAAUGCUUUCUACUGGAGAUGUCCAAAGUUGUCUUCGGAAACUGGAAGUUCUUCUGCGAUCGAUCAAGUACCCUGAAAAUGUCGACUAUGAUGGGCUUUCCAAAGGAGAUCCAUCAGCUUUUCUGCCUAUAAUGAGUUUCACCCUCACCACCUUCUCUCCAGCUUUUGCGGAGCAGCUCAUAAAAGCUGGACUGGAACUGAGUGGCAAAACCGACCUACGAUUCACUGACACUCUUUAUAAGGUGCUGCGAGAUGUCUUCCACUAUAAGCCCGUCCUGACCAAACAGCAGUUCCUCCUGACUGGUUUCUCUCAGAGGAAACUUUCUUUUCUUUGUGAUCUCAUUAACUUGGUCCUGCACAAACACAAACAGCUGAACAAGGUACGCAGUCAUCUGUUCAUUCAGCCUAGAGUCCGAUGCCCCAUGUCAAACAGAAAUAUCAGCGUGGACGUUCAUCCAUCCCAGACUGAUGCAGAUAAUGUGCCCAAGAAGAAGAACCAGCCCACUUUUAUUGCAAAUCCAAUCCUCACAGAAGCAUCUUCCCACCACAACGUAACCUGUGCCUCUGAUGUCAAGUUCCAUUCGUAUGAUUCUUCUGGAAAUGAGACCAACCAGCUGCAAGAAGGAAAAGAGCUGGAGGAGGAAAACGUCUGGUCGUCGGAGGUAGAAGGAAGACUCUCAGCAUUGGAGGCUCAAAUCCAGAGUCAUCUUUCGGAGUUCAGUAGACUCAGUCUUCUGGAGAAACGUAUAGAGGAACUGGAGAAGCGUAGAACGACGGAUGAGAAUGGCGGACAAAAUGUCGUCAUAUCCAGAGAAAGCUGGGAAAAUCUGAUGAGCAGAGUUCUCCUCCUAGAAACUAAACUUGAACUCGGCAGCACACAGUUCAAUGCCUCACUCCCGACCCAGUCAUCCACCUUCUCCAGUUCUUCCAUUUCUGAUCCAUCAACGGAGGCCCUGACAGCCAGGCUGGAUAAGAUCACCAACAUGUUGAAAACUACUUCUGAUCUCCUGAAGAACAGCGAGUCCGCUGACACAUCCAGCAAAUAAAUCCUGAUAAAUGAUCUUAUCUUAAGUUAAUGUUAUGUAACAUUAGGCUGCUUCUUUCAGCUUGCUAUGUUACUUUGCUAACAAGCAAACCUUAACUUGUAGGCAACACGUAGAAGUCCACAAAAUGAGAACAGAGUCGACAAUGUGGUCUUUUCCUGGUCCACAGUUGAUUUAUUUUUAAAAAUAUAUAUUUUUUUUUUGCUGUGUUUUUACACAAAAGUGAAAGUAAUAAAGAAAUGUACAAAUUCAUGUUUAAUGACUUGUUCAUGUGUCUGUUUACUUUGUGUUGUAUGCUGUAAAAUGCUGUAAACUGUAAAACCUGCGUUACCACUCUAGUUUAGCUAUCUGUUUCAGACUGAAUAUAAAAAGUCCAAUGUCCAAUAUUAUUCUGAUUAAUAUAUUAUGAGAUAGGACUGCUCAGUGUUGUUGUGUAAUGACUAAAUAAAU